CCUGAGAGGAAGUUUGGCGUGGUGGUGGUGGGCGUUGGCAGAGCCGGCUCUCCUGAGAGGAAGUUUGGCGUGGUGGUGGUGGGCGUUGGCAGAGCCGGCUCUGUGCGGAUGAGAGACUUGCGGAGCGCGCAUGCUUCCUCAGCGUUCCUGAACCUGAUUGGCUUCGUGUCCAGGCGCGAGCUCAAGUGCAUUGAUGAAGUCCAGCAGAUUUCUUUGGAAGAUGCUCUUUCUAGCAAAGAGGUUGACGUUGCUUAUAUCUGCAGUGAAAACACCAGCCAUGAGGACUAUAUCAGUUUGGGGACUGUUACUAGUAAAAACAAGGAGAGCGCCAGCAAGAGUGCAUUACUGCAGACAGCCAUGGCGGAGGUGGGGAGGGGGGGUCGGGACGGGGAGGAGCGGCAAGAGAUUACAGGGAAGGUCUUGCAUGAGGAACAUAUUGAGCUCUUGAUGGAGGAGUUUGCGUUCCUGAAAAAAGAAGUGGUGGGGAAAGACCUGCUGAAAGGGUCUCUUCUCUUCACAGCUGGCCCAUUGGAAGAAGAGCCGUUUGGUUUCCCUGCAUUCAGCGGCAUUUCUCGCUUGACUUGGCUCGUCUCUCUCUUCGGGGAACUUUCUCUCGUGUCUGCCACUUUGGAAAAGCGAAAGGAAGAUCAGUACCUGAAAAUGACUGUGUGCUUGGAGACAGAGAACAAACGCCCGCUGACAUGGAUAGAGGAGAAAGGGCCUGGUCUAAAACGAAACCGGCAUUUAAGCUUCCAUUUCAAAUCUGGGUCCCUGGAGAAUGUGCCAAAUGUAGGAGAUAAUAGGAAUAUUUUCCUAAAAGAUCAGACUAUAUUUGUCCAGAAACUCUUGGGCCAGAUUUCUGAAGUGGAACUGGCUGCUGAAAAGAAACGCAUCCUGCACUGCUUGUGGCUCGCGGAAGAAAUCCAGAAAUGCUGUGGCUAAAAGAAAAAAGAAAGCAGCGGGCCCUUGCAACGUGAAACCAUAGUUUGAUGUUUAUCGAGAGUUGAUUUUACCUCUAUUCUUGCAAUUAAACACGUCUUGGGGAAACAGG